AUGGCGCCGCCAGACUACAACCCGCAGCUGGCUCAGAUGCUCUACAAUCUCGUCUCCAACCAGAACAGGAUGGACCAGGCCAUGGGUCAGAUUGUUGUUGCUAUAAACAACCUGGGCUUGGGUCAGCCAGCUGCUGGCGUGCCUCAGGGCAUGGCUCAGGCACCGAGGACUUUUCAGACAGCCGCGGGCCCAGUUCAGCAGCCUGCAACAUCUUCGGCGGAGACGGAGGCUCACCCGCCUGGACUGCCAGCAGCUGGCACCCAUGGGUACGGUCAGCCGCCAACCUUCACCUUCGGUCGUCCAGCCAUGAAUUGGAGCGACCCGAGGCACCCAAACCACAACCAGUACCUCGUGGAGAAGGCCGCCCAGGAAGCGGUCGACAAGGGGCCGAAGGCCACGCCCACAGAGAAGGACGAGCCCAGGACACCAACGCCAGUCCGAGGUACAGCUACACCGAUCUCGACGACACCGCCAGCCAACUCCCUGGAGAAGCAGUUCCACGCAGCGAUGGCAUCGGGCGAGACCAUCCACGUCCCAUCGUCAGCAGAAGAGGCGGCGUCAGAAGUUUUGGGCGAGCCCUUGGUCUCGCAGUAUCCGUCACCUACACAGGCAUGGGGGCCAGCUUCUGCCCUGGCGGAGGCCACGCCCUAUGUGGAGAUGCUGGCGCCCACUCAGUGCAUGGCCUCCCAAGGCGAGGCGAUCCCAGGUCCAGCGACCUCGUGCACCUCGCCUCUCACGGCAUCGACAGCGGCCUCAGACGGCCCGUCACCAGGCGCAGCCAGCUCCGCGCCCUUGAGCAGCCGAAUGGACAAGAGCCGCUCGCCGCCACACAAGCUACAGAAGACCGAGGACUAG